UUGUUUAGGGUCUGUAGCCAGGAGACCACCCGAACAGCAGCCCCGCAAAAACAAAGACCGAUCUUUAGCCACGAUUAGCAGGACUUCGUGCUGCCGCCUGCUGACAUGGAGAGCAGGACACGGAGGGUCAGCAACAGUCUGGCUGGAGCAACGAGGGGUGGGGAGAGUGGCCGGGUGGAAGGGAGGAAUCAGAACGGGGCAUAGCAAUGCAGGCACGGGUGCCAAGAGCAGGGGUAGGGUGUGGGUAGGAAAGUUACCGCCGUGUCUUUAGAGAGUCGCCGCAGGUAAAGAGUUCGCUAAUCACGCUCACCGCCAAGAAGGCAGGGUAUAGGUGGGUGGGUACGGGUGUAUGGGGUGGGGAAUGGGACCCUUCACCACUCACAAUGGUAGUUUGUAGAGGUUGGAUUGUGCACCACACACACACCACAGAGUCAGUUGCCACCCCGGACUCGACGGACGUCUCGCAUUUCUUGUAAUGGAGAUCAGCAAACCAUGCGUGACUCUCUCACUCAUCGACUGGUGUUAGUGGAUGGAUACCUCUCGGGUCAUCGUGGAGGCUGUUCGAUGGAUGAUAAGGGGAUACUUCAAGGCGGGUUAAACCUCCAGCACUUACAGCCAAGCCCAGCAUUCAACACUGACAGACCAUCUGCAAUAUUGAGGAUCAACGAAACAGCUCUUUCUGGUCACUAACUUUAUUUCUACUGUUGUGUGUCAGCUGACCGUUUUAUUACAAGGACCAGAGGAUUUGCAUAUUGUCUGAACACAGAUGUGAAAGGAACUGAAUGCCGGUUGCCCGGAUGUUUGGUGUCAUCGACCCAAUGGCGACAUCCCAGGACUACUGACUGCCACAGGCAAUAAAUAAUGUAACACUCGUUGAAGAAGUUUAAUACUUUAAUACAUCCACUCGAUCAGCUUUAAACAAGUUUCAGCAACAUGACCAAGAGCGAUCGUACCAAAGGCGUCAGCAACAGCCCAGGCUACGCUCUGCCCACGACUAUCGGCAUCAACAACCACGACCCCACCAUGGAGCGGGCCCCAGGCUAUUCCAUCGGCGUUCGCUUCCAGGAAAAGAUAAGGCCCACUCCUGGGCCCCAGUACCGCAUCAGCAGCGGCCUGACUCCGAGAGGCAAGUGGACCAGCCCCAGCUACUCCAUCUCUGGCAGACCCUCACGGUCUGUGUGGCUGACCGGAACUGCCUACAACCCGGGUCCCAACGCCUACAACGUCCAGCAGGCCACACCCGGGGAGCGCCGCGCCCCCAUGUACAGCAUCGGCUCACCCUUCAAGGCCCCCGGCAACACCGCAGGCCCCGGCCCCAACGCCUACAACCUGCCCUCCACCCUCGGCAAUCACGUGCCGGACAUGCGCAGUGCGCCGGCCGCCGCCAUGCACGGAAGAGGGUCCGACAUCAAGGGCUUCUCGUACGACAACGCCAAGACCCCCGGUCCCGCCAGGUACAACCCCGUGGACCUGUCCUUGACAGCCGCACGUGCACCCGUCGUCAGCAUCAAGAGCAGGACGACCGUUCCCUCCGUCAAGUUCCCCACCCCGGGUCCGGGCGCCUAUGACGUCAGCAAGGCCUUCAGCAACACGUCCAAGCUCAGUCCGCGGUUCCACGUCGGCGUCAGACACGGACAGAACGCCAGAUCCUUGUUCACCUUAGCUGAUGUCAGUGACUGACCUUCCUUUUCCUUUUUUCUUUUCUUCGAGUCUUCGAGUCCUCCUGAAAAUGUUUCUUUGAAAACUUACAGUCAGUUAACAACGCUAGUGACAGAGGGGAGAUUUACAGCUAAUUAGGACUAAAGAAGAAGUCGACUGAAUAAUAAGUCUCCCAGCAUCCAUUAAAUAGAUAAAUAAAUAGAUAAAUUUAAUUGAUAUAUUAUUUGUCAAAGAGAUGACUACAACGGGGAUUAUUCAAAUCCUGCUACCUGGAGCUUUGCUGACAUAAUUAAACCAAAGCAGGUCACCGUAAAGAACGAAUUUAAAGUUUCUGAUGGUGGCAUAUUAGAUGCCUUUAAACUAAAUAUUUUUUUCCUCGACAAAUACUUAUUUGUGGAUAAAUAUUUAUUUCACGAAUUAGUGUGAAUAAUUGCAUAAUUAUUGCACAUUUUUAAAAAGAAAUUUUGUCGUGUGUUACUCGAGUCUUUUCUCAUCAUCGGUUUCCUGCACGCAGUUUGUGUUCAAAUAAACACAUUAAUUUUGCUUUGUCAAUUUCAUGCAAAUUAAACUUGUCUUUUCAAAUUAUUAUCUCAUCGAUUUGAAACAUUAUCAUCUCCUUGUCUGAUAUGAGGUUGAUGGAUGUCAAAAUAUGAUUAGCACAUUAUUACAGAAGUAUUAUGCAUAUUUACCUUCACAAAGGUCCUGUCUGUAAAAAUUUUGUUGUUCAUUUUUUAAAGUAAUUUUCAUUUUUCACUUUUUUUACAAUGCUUGCAUGGCUUUAUUUUUGCCAUGUUAAUAUAUUUGGUGCUGCAAAAGUUGAGACAAUAAAACAAACAUUGAUAUAAAACCAACGGUCUAGAAGGGGAUGGCCAAGUUUCAAACAUCAUAUGAUGAAGAUCUCGAUUCAUUUUGCAAAGAUGUGUUUUAUGGAAUUUAUUUAUAUAUAUAUUUAUUAAUUUAAGCACAUUUUAUGCAUAUUUAUUUUGAUUGCUUAAAACAAAAUAUCACAUGUAAAGUAGGCAAAAUGAGAUUACAUUUCAUCCCUUGUCACACUGUCUCCUGGGGCAGACGUUGGUCAUCCUACUAAGCACUUAAAUUUUGAUUCUUUGAUCGAAUUUAACCAUGGAAGAUGAUUUAAGCUGAUAAAUGAUUUGAUGUUUGUAGUUUUACGAAUAACUUAAGAUUAAUAAGCUUUUUGUUCUGAACAACAUUGCUUCUUGUAUAAUUAAAACACGCCAUGAUUGUGACCCAAAGUAUGGUUAAUAUACAAGUGUGAAUGUCUCUCUCUCUAUAUAUAUAUACAUACACCAUAUAUGUUUGUUUUUUUAUGAAUGUUUACAUACGUGUCUGAGUGAGAUUUGUAUCUUAUCCUUAUUUGUGUUAAGGGAGAAUAUGCCACUUCAGAGGCCAUUUCUGGGAUAACUCCACUGAGCUUGGCUGACAUAGGGAAAGAUACAUUACUUCCCCUGUUCACAAGAAAGCUCAUGUGGUCAGAGACAGUACAGCGGGGAUAUAAACAUUGCAGUUUCCCUAAUAAUACAUGCAAACAGCUCAGAUGUACAGUGUAGUCUGUAGUGCCACUCCUUAGAAAUAUUUACCAUGUAAAGUAUAAAUGCAAACAGGAGGAAGCUUGUGGGAAGUGUGUGAUUAUGAAGAACUAUAGGUUUUUCUCUGGAAUUUCAAGGACUGGGUGGGAUACUUGGCAGUGCAUUAUGGUAAUUGUGAUACUCUUCAGCAACACAGGAUUAGUUCUCUGACGAAAGAAAAAAGAAUAAACGAACAAAUUAAAUAAAGAAGAGUAUAUUAAUCUACAGCAUGGCGACAAGAUACCGACUUUCUGUAUGAGUCAAGUCCAUCUCACACAGCUCGACUACGGAUUGUACGAAAGCAAUAUAUUUUGUGAAAUUUGAUUUAUACUUCCCUAGCUCCUCUCAGCAAGACCGUAGAAAAAAGUUUCUUCUGUAUAGAUGGUAUUUUAACGAACAUUAACUCAGUUUUACCCCAUUUUUUUAAAUUGAUGAAAUGGAAGUGAGGCUGACGUUAUCCUCCCCAAUCAGUAAAGUUACCCACAAGACCUUUCACACGAGCUGGAGAGCGUCUAUGGUUGCCAUAACGACUCCUGCAAACAUGUCCUAGUCUGUCCGAGCUGUCCUCGCCAAUAAUUUAUAGAAACAGGGAUUCAAACUAUCGACUGCAAGGGGCCUUGAUGUCAUGGACCCCAGACACAACGCCUUAAUUUAUGAUAGCAGUUAUGAUGCCUGUAGGGAGCGAUAGUUUCCUCCAAUUCAUGGCACGGUAGGGGCUAGGCAGCCGGCUCAGCCUUUAAACUGAAGAGUUUACAUCCCGGCAACCAUUCGGCAGGUGGUAUCCGGGCAAGAACUUCAACCCUUUGAGUCGUCACACCCUACUUAGAUGAUCACUGUUUCCUCUUCUAGGUUUUUUUUUUCCUGUAUUGAAGUUUGGGAGAUGUGUUCGCCAGAUAUUGUGGCUCACUCUUGCACUAGUGGUCGUCUGGAUUUUUUUUUUCGCAUUGGAUGAUAAAGGUUCGAUUCCCUUUUUGAUUUUGUCGACCGAAGAGCACCUUUUUAUCCUUAUACAUAUUUUUUUUUUUUAUUUCUCCGGUCGACAUCGUUCCUUUCUUUGUCUUUUAAUUAUCAAUCCGUCGUUUCUUUCCUAAUUUUAUUCUUUGAUUUAUUUAGUAAAUUUAUAGCUGAUUGGUUCUAAAUACACCUGGUCAAAUAAUAAAGUUUUGAUAUCAUGUGCCAUUUUUACAUUGCAUCAGCAAUG